GUACACACCAGUCAAGAUCAAAGUCGGCCCAGUGGUCUACCUCGCCGCCAAAGUACAGUCUCUAAAGCUGUCUGCUGUAUACGUGCAGAUAUUUCACAACAACCAGUCUGGCGAGGAGGGUAAGGCGUACAUAUCGGAGCAAGUAGAACACGAAGACGAGUAUACGUGGUCCGUCACCAAGGGGGCUGAUCUCACCGUUAAAGCCAAGUUCAGUAUAAACGUGCCACUAAUUUAUCAGUUCUCGACAGAAUUUUCGACAACACUCAAGACAAGCUCUGGAUCCACCAGGGUGGAAACACGUACUACGCGACAACUGAUUAAACAAGAUAUAAAAAUACCCCCCGGAGCCAAUAUCGAAGCCAAGUGGUACGUCAACGAAGCACAAGUGGUGGUGCCAUGGGUAGCCGACAUCUUGAUGGAGGGAUACGUUGCAGCAUUAUUUGAAACGCCCGACAUGAAACUAACAUGGGGGUACUUAAACGUGCAAGAGUUCGAACACGACCACCUAACAAAAUACGAGGAAGGCGUCACGUUUCAGGCAUUGGGGCUGUUCCAAGCGAACGUAGCACAGAGCUACCACCUCUCUACCACCGAGAGAAAAAUAGCGCAGCGCACCACAAGCAUGGCCAAAUAUACUUUUGAGCAAGAAACCUCAUGA